UGUACGGUUGGCAGAACUCACCGAGAACUGAAAGUGUCACUUGGUUUUGAAUCCGAAUUAUAAGACGGCGUAACGAUACGAGUCGUUUGCUAAAUCGUAACAAAUAAAAAGAGCAAGGAAAAUUGGCGGUUUCGGUUAACUGCGUAAUCAUGAAGAUUUUUCUCGUCUUUUUGGUGGGUGUGGUCGCCGUUAGCAGAGCAAGUAUAACCAUUGGCCUUGUUAGUGAAGAGUGGGGCAAGUUUAAGCUGAUGAAUAAGAAACAUUAUGUGGACGAUAUGGAGGAAAAUUUCAGAAUGCACGUAUUUAUCCACAAUAAACUUAAAAUUAUGAGACACAAUUCCCUGUAUGAACACGGCGUUGUUUCGUACAAAUUGGGACUUAACAAGUACAGUGACAUGCUUAUUCAUGAAUUCGCUGAAACGAUGAAUGGCUUCAACAAGGUUAGCGACGUACUAAGGCAAGUAAUCAUGGAUGAGCUAAUCAAUACCACUUUUGUCCAACCUAUGUAUGCUGAAUACCUCUUCAAAUCUGUGGACUGGAGAGAGAUGGGAGGUGUAACUCCUGUGAUGGAUCAGAAACACUGUGGUUCAGACUGGGCGUUCGCUGCAACUGGUGCCGUGGAAGGUCAAACCUUCAGGAAAACGAAAGAGCUAGUGCCUUUGAGUAAGCAAAAUUUGAUCGAUUGUGCUGGCAAGUAUGAUAGCGAUGGAUGCGAGGGUGGCACGAUGACCGAAGCCUUCGAGUACAUUAUACGGAACAAUGGGAUUGACACUGAGGAGAGCUACCCGUAUGAGGGAAAAACAAAUUCGUGCCGUUACCAACCUCGUAAGAUUGGAGCUACCAGUUUUGGCUACACGUAUAUUAAUCGGGGAGAUGAGAUAACUUUACAGGAGGUUAUUGCUGUCGACGGCCCAGUUGCUGUUGCCGUUGAUGCUUCCCAUGCAAGCUUCCAGUUUUACUCUGAAGGUAUUUAUUACGAACCCGAUUGUUCCGAUCUUGACCCGGACCACGCAGUCUUGGCCGUCGGUUACGGAACUGAUAUAAACGGCACGGAUUACUGGAUCCUCAAGAAUAGUUGGGGUACUGAUUGGGGCGAUCACGGGUACAUGAAGUUGGCCCGAAACAAGAACAACCAUUGCGGAAUCGCUUCCUACGCAAUCUACCCUCUUGUUUAAUCGCAAACCGGAGGACUGAGGUGAUGUUAUUCAUGAAUAUCUGGAAAAAUAAAUUGGGGAUGUAGGCAUGAAAGGGGAAAUACUGUGAAUUGUUUCGAGUGUUUCCAGUUCAACACUGUCAUGUGAACAUGUAUUACAUUGCUACUGGAAAAGUGAUCAAUUGCUACAUCGCGUUACAGUUGUAGUCAGCCACUCAAUGCACUCUGCGUGGCAGUGUAAUACAUGUUGACUCGAUUUAUUUUCUGGAAUUAGUCAACGGAUAACACAAAUUUCAUAUGACGUUCUGGCUAAUAUCUCAAGGUUUCUAUCUUUUUUUUAAUAUGAAGCGAUAGACUUCAUAUUUUAUAUACUCGUAAUUUUUAAAUAUUUUCAAUGUAUAAGUAUUAAGUAAUAACCCUAGAAAUAAUCAAAUAUUAUUUGUAAUAAAUAUUCCAGUCCACGGACGGAUUUUAUCAAUACGACAUUAUAAACUAAUGACAGAUUUGUAAUAUUUCAUAUUUUAAAUAUUAAUUAAUAUGGGGAACUUUUAAAUAAAUUU